GUCUCUAUGAUCGGGACCUGUACAGUGAGAGAACCAGUGGCCUUGGUAAUGGAGUAUCUGCCUCAUGGAAACCUACAACAUUUUCUAAGAUGCUGUCGUUUUGAAGGUCAGCUUAGAAUGGAAGGCCCCAAACACAAAGUCAUUGAAUACCCAAUGGUGAAUGAAGAUGGCAGCAUUGAACAAGACACGCUCACUGCCAAGCAGCUGCUCUCAUUUGCACAUCAGAUUGCUCUGGCUAUGGAAUAUCUGUCCAGCAAAGGAUUUGUUCACCGUGACCUGGCAGCCCGUAAUGUCCUGGUGGGAGCAGAUAAAGUGGUCAAGCUCAGCAACUUUGGACUGUCGAGGGAUGCCAACAAUGACCUGGAGCACAGUAAUGACCCUGCAAGGAAGUGGAUGUCCCCCGAAAGCUUGAAGGACCGCACGCAUACUGUGCAGAGCGACGUGUGGUCAUUUGGAAUCCUCCUUUGGGAGAUCGUCACAUUUGGUGCAACCCCCUAUCCAGAUAUUGCUGUAACAGAGCUAGCCACCAAACUGGACCAGGGAACAAGACUCAAGAGCCCCAAGAACUGCUCCAUGGAACUGUAUAUUCUGAUGCUGCAGUGCUGGCACAAACUCCCCGAGAAGAGACCCAGUUUUACCAGCAUCCGGCUUGAAUUGGAAGACAUGAUGAGCCAAGACUGCGACUUCUUAGAACUUGAAAACCUCGUGGAGCCGAUAUCAGAGGAAGGAAGAAGCGACCCAGUCCACGACAGCACGUUAGAAAAGAGGGAAAUGUUGGAAACAAGGGAGCAUGAAGAGACUGAGGGGAUAUACGAAGAAGUGGAGGAGGAUUACGCCCAAGAGCCACGCUUCACAAGAAAAAGAAGCUUGAAGAAAACUCUCUCCCAGUUAUCAAACAUACUGGAUUCGACUAAACUGUCCAAGAAGAGUAGUGUGAAUAGCCGUAAAUCCGGCGGGUCCAGUGUCAGCUCCAGUAGACUGUCCAUGAAAGGCAGUAUCCGCCGGAAGUCAGACAAGCACCAACGUUCUCUGGAGAACCUGAUAGUGGAUGAAAUACUUGAAAGUGGAAGCGAGAGUAGCAGUGAGACACAGCUGGAUGUGCUGAAUGAAGAGGUCUUUUGAGCUUUUACGUAAUUUUUUUUUUUAUUUUUGGUGAUCAACGCCGUAUGACGUUUUAAAGCUGUAUGUUUUUAUAGUUCUAUUGACAUUUUUGUUGGCCUGUGACUUACAGUGCGUAAUGCCAAUUUUGUAAACGACUCUCUUGUUUGCAAGCAAUCAUGCCAAUUCAAGAUAUAUCUGAAAAAUUAAUGACAAGAGAUAAAGUAUUUUCAUUUGAAAUUUCAUUAAUAUCAAGUUUAGCAUAAUAACUGGUUUUUUGUGUAACUUUAAGCAGCCAUCUUGUUUUGACAGAUGUAUAUUUAAGUAUUUUUAAGUUUCAGAAUUUUAAAUGAGUAGCUCCAUUUUUUAUCAUCUGCGACUUCUGACAUAAACAAUACAAAUUUAUGAGUAGCCACAACUACAAAAAGUGUUAUUGUACUAAUACCAACAGCUUUACUGUUAGUUACCUCAUAGCGACA